GUUUCAUUCCGUCUUGCUCGCUGCUGUCAAAAAGCAAAAUUUUUCAAUCCGCUGUAAAUUUACGCUGUGUGUUGCUUAAACCUUUUUUCACGGUGAAACUUGACUGGAAUUUUGUGAAUAUAAAGCUUUCCUAUUUUGAAGCGGUGGAUUUCGUAUAUUUUUCUAUAGCUGGUGGUUGAGCGGAUAUACAGCGUGUAUGAGUGUGCCAGUGUGUGUCGUUUUUUUUUGCUAGCAAAAUUACAAGUGUGGAACAACAUAAAAAAAAGUCGUGUAAAGUGGUUUGAUAUGCGUUUAGUUUUGUGAGAAGAAAAAAAAGGAGCAAGUAAAAAAGAAAGGCAGCUACUACGAUCCGUGUGCUUUGCGCAAGGUCUGUUAUUGUUGUUGGAGCGCCAAGUGUCAUGUGGCAAGUGUCAAAAGUGUAAACAAUUGCGAAGCCGUUUGUUGGUGUGUGUGUUUGUGUAUAAAAUCUUCCAAACCGUGUAUCACAAUGAAUCUGGCCUAGGAAUCGUACUGCUAGCUUAAGCAUCGUAAUCUCGACGUGAACGGGAGGAAGUAGUGUGUUCCCGGAGGAAAGAGUCGCACCGCCUUCCUCCUGCUUCCCAUCUGUUGCGCCACCUGCACCGUGCGCGCUCGCCACACACACUUGCCAUGGAUGAAAAGAAACCGAUUCCAACACCUGCCGGUGGCAAUGCAACGGCCACCGUAUCAUCUGCCGCGGAACAGGACGAAAAUGAGAAGCGUGUCGGGUGUGCGCACUACAAACGACGGGCCAAAUUUGUGACUCCUUGCUGUAACAAAUUCUACAUGUGUCGGUACUGCCACGACGAGAACGAGACACACUUCUUCAACCGGAAAACGGUGACGGAACUGAUCUGCACCGAGUGUGACACCCGGCAGCGUGUGCAGGCCGAGUGUGAAAAGUGUGGCGUACGAUUCGGGCGGUACACAUGCCUGGUGUGCAACCUGUUCGACGACGAGGACCGUAAUCAGUAUCACUGUGAUGGGUGCGGAAUCUGCCGCGUCGGUGGCCGUGGACGAUUCUUUCACUGUGAGGUUUGCAAUAUGUGUUUACCGCUGCAGCUAAAGUUCGAUGGACAUAGGUGUGUGGAGAAUGUGUCCCGUUCGAACUGUCCCGUGUGUCUGGACGAUAUUCACACAUCGCGUAUUCCAUGUCACAUUCCCGACUGUGGACAUUUACUACAUCGGACAUGCUUCGAAGAGCUGCUUUCGUCCGGCCAUUAUGCUUGCCCCACCUGCCAGACGUCGAUGAUGGAUAUGAACCAGCUGUGGGAGUAUCUGGAUGCGGAGGUGGCCGCCACACCCAUGCCAAAGGAAUACGCAAACUAUUUCGUCGACAUACUGUGCAAAGACUGCCACAAGGAGUCAACGGUAAAGUUUCACGUGGUCGGAUUAAAGUGUACACACUGCGGUGCAUACAAUACCUGCCGAACGAAGACGAGAAGCAUAAAUGGAUGCAACAGCAGUGCCGGCAAUGGUAGCAGUACAGGCGGCGGCAGUAGUACAGCAGCAGCGGGUGGUGGCACUGCACCGAACACGACGAACCCUUCCGAGACGACUUCCUGGAUAAGGAUGGUGCCCCUAUCGAUGGUGGAGUCCGACGAUAGCGCCAUCGAUGAUAGCGCAAUUGACGACAGUGAAGAUGAACGACUUGUCGAUCGUCUUGAUGCGUACUUUCACCACGUAGUGCACGGUGAUGACGACGGCGCCAGCACAUCGGCCGCUUCAUCCGCUUCCUCCUCGAACUCUUCGUCUUCCGCGCCGUCCUCUUCCUCGACGAUGGUAAGCACCACCACCACGGCCGACGUGGGCCAGCAACGGUUAAGCAACGGUGGUACCAGCAACGGUGGUAGCAGAAGUGACGCUGCCAUACGCCGUUCAUCCAGCGCCGGUGGGUCCCGUGGGUCACCGAACGGCGGUGGCGUGGUUCAGGCGAGCAGUAGUAGAAGUAACGGCAGCACCAACAACGGGUCCGUCGUCCUAUGGACGGACGGACGGCGAAGAAGCUACGGGCGGACGGACGUGGCAGGUUCGUCCAGGUCUUCCGCGGCAACCCACGACGAAGAUCGUUCCUCGUUCGAUACUAGUAGCAAAGGUAAUGAUAAUGGUGGCGCACCAGAAAUCUGAGCGGCAAACCGUCAUUUUCGGUAUAGGUCAAAUUGAAUUUGAAUGUGAUCGUUGUGUGAGUGUGCGUGUCCCCUUCCGAAUAGAAGGGAACGUGAUGGGAAGGUGUAGAGCACGUUUCGGUGCUGCUGCUGUGCUGGUGAUGAUGGCGAAAAGGGGUUGGAUUGGAUUAUUGUAGAAAAAAUACACACACACACACAAACCCACAGGCCACUUACAAGUGUAAUAACUACUACUAUUACAUGCAAUUGUAAAGUAUUCAUUAUUCGUACGUCGCGCGCACAGCACGCGUGUGACCCAUUCCACCAUUCGCCAACUUCGAUAACGUCGAAUAGCCCCUUUAUAUUGUGUUCAUGAUGUCCCGUUCUACUCUGCGUUGAGUCACACUUAGUAAUUGUUUCGAGCUUUAGUUCUGUAGCCUUUUCCAUGUUACACAGCGGUAAACUAGCCGCUCGCGUAGAGAGAGAUAUGAUAUGUGUAGCCAUUUCAAAACAAAUUGUGAGAUAGUAACGUUGUAGUUGUAACCCGGUAUUCGGUUCUUUGUGUUUGCUUUGUAAUUAUUGUAGGAAAGAGAAACAAAAAAAUGGGGAUAGUAUAUUAAUCCGUUAGCUGGUAGCUGGUAGCUAGUAUUCGUUUUGAAGGCGCACAACGGCUUGCGCUCGAGCAUGUUGAACCGAACUUUUUUUUUCUCUCUCCACAUUACCUAACACGCCUCCUCCAUUUUACAGUUCUCAACAUUUCUGACAAAACAAGCGCCGUUUUACUCGUGUUUCUAGGGAGGUUAUUUUUCUUUUAAUGGAAGAAAUCAGUAAUUUUUCCUUGUGAAAAGGAUAGCAUGUAAAUCUUUUGUUUCUCGUAUUGUAGAUAAUUUCCACCUAAUCCUGCUUUUCAUUUAGUUCCCUUGUUUAUUAUCGCACCAUCGACCUUCCUACGCUAGGUCGGACAGGUUAAGUGUGUCGACUCCACAUUAGGCAGGAUUAAAAUUAUCAUCCAGUUUGAUUCCAGGAGACUCACAGCUAACAAAUCAAUAGGUAAAGACAAAAGCAAGCGCUCAAGACAGGCGCUACAGUAGAUGAACGUCUGCAGUCACCGGCAGACGGAAACUAAUAGCUAAAACGAUAACGUUUCUUCAAAUCCCAGUUUGAAAAAAGAAGAAAAGCAUCAGAAAACCUUAAUCUCACCGUGGUAAAAAGAAUGCUUAUACUAUCUUUCCUUCUCGUAGUGAAAAUACGAGGGUCCAAAAUUUGUUUUAUUACUUCACUAAAUCAAUCCCGGAAAUUAAACCCCCCUGCAAACCGUACCGAAUUCAAACCACUCGCUUACUAAUGAAACACACCGUUAGGAGAAUUCUAUUUAUUCACCUUAAUUUAAGUCGAUCCGCUAGACAAUGCUACCAUUUUUGUUCCCAGUAUAGAUUCCGAUAGAUAGCUUAAAAUAACCGCCACGCUCCCCCUCCCCAUCUGCUCCUCGAUAACCUCGGUGUGUUAGCAUUUUAACCUGCAAAAGUUUCGCGUAAUCUCACGUUGGCCGCUCAGAAUGGUCCUAGAGAAAUCCGAUAAAUCUCGGCAACAAGCCUAGUGAUGUGCAAAUUGAGUCAGAGUGAGUGAAUGAGUUAAAUGUUAACAAUGAAAUAGAUGAUUUAAAAUCAUUACCGAAGAGUUAUUUCAACUCACGUGUGAUUUAAUUGCACACACAAUGCGGUUUUAACUCACUCCUGAGUUUAAUAAACUUACUGGUGAUUUAACUUUCCGACUGCCAACUACGGUUUAAUUCAUUAACUAACGUACCAAGUGAGUUAAAACCUGGUAAGUGAGUGGCUAGUCGCGAGUGUUUCAACUCACUCACUCUGAUUUAACUCACGUUACUGAGUGGUUAGUCUCAUCACUACAUCAAGCGUAAGUGCAUUUGCCAAUAUCAAACAAUAAAACAAUACAUUAUCAACCACAAACACGUAGCCAGAGAGAGAAAGAGAGAGAGAGGAAUUAAUACCAACCGUUUUUCAUAUGCAUAUAUUCUGUUCCGUAGUUAAGACUGUAGAUCCGCCGGAAGUAUAGUAAAAAAACAAGAGACAAACAACCCACUCCGUCAACGAUAAUCAUAAACGUAAAUGUAGCGAUGAUAAACAAAAAGCAAAUGGAAGUGCAAACCAUUAAUGCUUGCAAGCGAUAGGAACGAGAGACUAAAGCGAAAGAGAGAGAGCGAAUUUCAAACUCAAAAUGAUUAGAUGUAAACCUGUAAAUCAUAAAAAACUAGAAAGACUAAACUAAUAACCGAACGCCGGAAAAUGCGUUCCUUUCUCAUACACACUAGGCUGGCGAUGGAUGGUGGACAAAAGAUAGAAUUUAAAGCAAAAGUAGUAGUAGUAGCGAAAAAAGAGGAAAAACAAAACACACACACACACACACACUGAACCAGGUAUCGGCACAUGAAAAGUGUAAAACAUGAAUUUAAACGUUUAGACUUAUUGAAAACAAACAUUACAAAAGCGUACUAGGGGGAAGUGACAGUUACUAACACUAGAGCGCCGGGUAUACUCUUGCGCCUAGAGGUAUACUAUACUAUACAACUAGCCCGGAAGGUUUAUAUAAAAUGGCACAACACUUUUACGUACGUACGGUUCGGAUGCAAAUGCUCUGCUGCUGAAUGAGAAAGUGGGCUGCUAACGUGCGCCCGAAUGCGAUUCGUUUCCAAUUGCGCAUUACACAAUAAACAUUUCACUAUCGUUUGAACUAA